AUGACGAACGCACGAAUGGCCAUAGACCAUUUAGGUAUCGUUAUAAAAUCAGUUGCACGGUCAUUCCUUUGUAUAUAAGUCGUGUAAUAUAAAAACAGAAAAAGUUUUUUACUGAUCCAAUUGAAAUUACAAUGAGGUCGUUAUUCAUAUGGGCCUUGCUGGCCCUGUUUGUGUGCGUGCAGUCGCGCACGACAAAUGUUCAACAACCAAUCACAGCGCAGAUAACCUCCCUAACAGACAAGGAUGCGCGUAGAAAAGCUAGUGUACAUCCAGCGUUCUCUAAUGCUGGUAGACAAGCUGGUGUUGAAGUGUGGAGGAUCGUGGACUUCAACCCGGUUGCCGUAGCGCAAAAUGACAUCGGCAAAUUUAAUAAAGGGGAUUCUUAUAUUGUUCUAAAGACGACAGCUGACAAGAAGAACAAUCUAUCCUGGGAUAUUUAUUACUGGAUCGGCAGUGAAUCUACACAAGAUGAGUCAGGUGCAGCGGCCAUCUUGACUGUAGGGCUGGAUGAUAAGUUCAAUGGAGCUGCGAUACAGCAUAGAGAAACUUUGGGACACGAGAGUCAGCAGUUCCAAUCUUUAUUCCGACCAGCUAUCAGAUACAUCGAAGGUGGAGCUGCGUCUGGCUUUAACCAUGUUGUGACAAAUCCUGGCGCUGAAAAGCGAUUGUUCCACAUCAAGGGAAAGAAGAACAUACGAGUUAGACAGGUGGAUCCUCUAAUUGCUUCAAUGAAUAAAGGAGAUUGUUUCGUGUUAGAUAUAAAUAACGAUAUUUAUGUAUACGUUGGUGACAGUGCCAAUCAUAAAGAAAGACUGAAGGCAAUAUCUUUCGCCAACCAGGUCAGAGAUCAAGACCAUAAUGGUAGAGGCAAAGUUGAUAUUGUUGAUCAAUAUUCAAGCGAUACGGACGUACAGAAGUACUUUACAGCUUUAGGUUCAGGUAUUAGGGAUAUAGUUCCCGAAGCAAGUGCUGGUGGUGAUGAUCAGACUUUCGAAAGGAAUGAAGAAGAUGCUGUAACUCUGUCUGAGAUAUCGGACAGCAAGGGAUCUUUGGUAGCAACACCUCUACGUAAGCCAUUCAGACAAGAAAAUUUAAAGCCACAAGAAGCUUAUAUAUUGGACACUGUUAGUGGCAGUAUUUACGUGUGGCUCGGAAGACAGGCUACAAAAAGGGAAAAGACAGAAGCGACGUCAAAAGCGCAACAGUUAUUGAGAUCCAAAAAUUAUCCGUCUUGGGUCCAAGUGACAAGGAUUCCUCAAGGCACAGAGUCAGCUGCAUUCAAACAGUACUUUGCGACAUGGCAGGACGCUGGUAUGUCACACAGCCGACUUGUCAGAUCAGUUGACGCUAAAUCUUCCAAAAUGAGCGAUAACUGGACCCAACCCAAACUCUACAAAGGGAUUGUGAAAUCAGAAACUUUAAUGAUAUUUGAGGAAAUACCAAAUUUCAAGCAAACUGAUUUAAGACAGGAUUCAGUGUUCGUACUGGAUAUGGGCGAUGAACUGUUUGUAUGGGUAGGAGAAGAUGUUUCAGAGUUAGAGAGAAAGGUGACAUUUAAUAUACAUACACAUCUUGUACCGUUAAAGUCCAAAUUCGGUAAGAAUUGGUACGUCAUUAUGACUAAACAAGGUCUCGAGCCUGAAUCAUUUAAGAAGUCAUUCGGAAAAUGGCAACCGGAAUUAUUGGAGAAACUAAGAAAAAGUGAUGAUGAAGAAAAAUAUGAUGCGUUAAACUUUAAUGAAAUAGAUGAUUAGAGAUAAAUAUAUAUAUAAGAGGCAUUACUAUCGCGGUAACUUCUGUCAGAAUAUAUUAUAAAACUAGUUAUAACCCAUGACCCUGUACGAAAAAAAAACCUUAU